AUGAUUCCAGCUGGGUCUCAACCAAUUCUCGAGAUUGCCUGUUUCAACCCGAAAUCAGCCUUAAUUGCUGCAGAGGCCGGAGCAGAUCGCAUCGAGUUAUGCCAGGACUAUCGCCUCGGUGGCCUAUCGGCUGACCCUGCAACCCUUGAAGCAUUGAAGGCACAGUUGGCAAUUCCGAUUUAUGCGAUGGUACGACCACAUGCCGAGCACUUUUGUUACGAAACUGCCGAUUUCGAGGUGAUGAAGGAAACACUUAAUUCUCUCAAGGCCGCUGGGGCUGAUGGUUUCGUGUUUGGAAUCCUGAAUCAAUCUCCACAAGAGUCAUAUAGUUCGGCUAUGCCAUGGGUUGAUGUUUCUCGCAACAAGGAACUCAUUCGACUAGCUGAGGGGCGCCCUUGUACAUUUCAUCGUGCCUUCGAUCUCAUCCCCGAGACAGAUUGGGAGACCGCUUUAGCAGAUAUCAUGGAUUGUGGUUUCGCAUCAAUCUUGACGAAUGGUGGCCCUUCCGGGACCGAGGCAGUACAGUGUGUUGGUAAGCUGCAAACUCUCCUGCGCUGGAAACAAACCCAGCUAUCAGGGCACCCGACAAUGCAAUGCCUCAAAGUGCCAGAAAUUAUUAUAGGAGGUGGUGUAAGGGCAUCAAACAUAGGCUUGCUCCAUGGCAUGACUGGCGCCACAGCCUUCCAUUCUGCUGCCCUUCGAGGCCCAAGAGAGUUGGUCUGUGAGGAUGAGGUUCUCGGCAUGAAAUGUCAAAUAGCAACGCCACAGUGA